AUGGUUUGUGAAAAUCACACCAGUGUCACUGAAUUUAUUCUUCUUGGUAUUACAAACAACCCCAAGAUGCAAGUUUCCCUCUUCGUUUUGUUCCUGGCCAUCUAUAUAGUCACUUUGUUGGGCAACUUUCUUAUUGUCACAGUUACUGCUAUGGAUCCUGCUCUCCAAACACCCAUGUACUUCUUUCUCCGAAACCUAUCCCUUCUGGAAGUCUGUUUCACCUUGGUCAUGGUACCAAAGAUGCUGGUAGAUCUAGUGUCCCCAAGGAAAACCAUCUCUUUUGUGGGCUGUGGUACCCAGAUGUACUUCUUCUUCUUCUUUGGCAGCUCUGAAUGUUUUCUUCUCUCUAUGAUGGCUUAUGAUCGCUUUGUGGCCAUCUGUAACCCUCUCCGUUACUCAGUCAUAAUGAACAGAUCUCUAUGCUUGUGGAUGGCUGCAGGCUCUUGGAUGUCUGGUGUUCCUGUGUCUAUGCUACAGACAGCUUGGAUGAUGGCCCUUCCUUUCUGUGGACCAAACACCAUAGAGCAUUUUUUCUGUGAUGGUCCUCCAGUGUUGAAACUAGUCACUGAAGAUACAACCAUGUAUGAAAUGCAAGCGCUUGCUUCCACACUCCUGUUUAUCAUGUUUCCCUUUUCCCUCAUUUUGGUCUCUUAUACACGCAUUAUUACAACCAUUCUGAGGAUGCCUUCUGCUUCUGGUCGCCAGAAGGCAUUCUCUACUUGUUCAUCACACCUCAUUGUGGUAUCCCUCUUCUAUGGAACAGCCAGCCUGACCUACCUACGGCCCAAAUCCAGCCAGUCCCCUGAAAGCAAGAAGCUAGUGUCAUUGUCCUACACUGUCAUCACCCCUAUGUUAAACCCCAUCAUCUACAGCCUAAGGAAUAAUGAAGUAAAAGGGGCAGUCAAGAGGACAAUCACUAGAAAAGUCUUGCAGAAAUUAGAUGCAUUUUGA